CAUUUCUCACUGUCUGUCUGUCUGUAUUUUUUACCACAUCGAUAUCAUCAGAAUCUUUCUUUCUCUCUCUACAAGUGGUGAUGUGUAAUGUAAGCUCUUUUCUUGCAGAGAGGCACUUAAAAUUUAAUUUUUUCGUAUGGGAUUUAUUUCUUCUUUUGAGUUCUUCGAAGCACAGAAACGAAAUAAUUCGAAGAAGCUUGGAAAGCAAGGAGCUUUUCUAGUUUUCUUCAUCUUCUUCUUCUUCUUCUUUAAGUUUCUUUGUUAUAGAUUUUUGAAGCCAGCCUUCUUCUUCUCUGAGAUUUACUUUUAUUUUUGUCCUCUUCUUUCAGUUAUCUUUUCUCUCUUGACUUUCCUGUUUUCUUUUCGACCUUUGCUUUAUCGAAAGCGGCAAGAUUAGCUUAAAAAAGGGAAUUUUAUCAUAUUCUCUUUGUUUUUAUCCCUUUUUCUGUGCUGCAUAAUCUUUGUUUGGAUCUGUCUAUUUUUUUCAGCUCCUAGGUUUUUCUUUUGGGGUUUGCAUGACCCUGAUUUUUUCAAUGUUUGGACGGGUUUUUAUGGGAUUACAAUUUGUAUGCUGGCUGCUUGGUGACUAUUUCUCGUUUCAUUGUAAAGCACGCAUCACAAAGGACCCGAAGACUUCACAGUCCUGGUGAUUGCUUUCCAGGUAACUUGAGGUGAUCUGGGGUUGCUAGUUAUUUCCCCCGUUAUUCUGACAAAAGCUGUGAGGAUAUCCAAGCUCAUAUAUGGAUGUUAAAGACUUAAAGAGCAUAGUUUGAUGAUAUGGGUGAUGCUUGAGAAGUAGUAGUUUGAAACUCUAGCCCGGCAUAUAGCCCUUUGGUAUAAUAUUAAAGAAAUGGAGCAAAAGGAGGGUGAGAGUUGGAAAGAAUUGGUCUGUAAGAUGCUUCCACCAGGUGCCUCUCUCCCUGAAGAUUCAUCAGAGCUUGAUUACUCUAUAGCUAUGGAGUAUAAGGGUCCUCUGGUCGCUUAUGAAGUACCUAGAGUUGAGCCUCUUGAUGCCAUUCCAACUGCAGAACCAUUAUUGGAAUCCCAAAGGUCAGUUGCUAAUACUGGCCCUCCAGUGAUUGAAAUGAUCCCCUUGCCUGUAUCUUAUAUUGCUGCUGUCACAAGUCCGCCUACUCAGAGUCCAAGGGCUUCGGCAAGCUCUGAGUCAGUAGUGUCUGUGUUGCAAAACCCUGAUUUUUCUUCAGCAUCUCCUUCUGCAUCUCCUGGUUCAGCUUGCAAUCCUCCAAGUAAUCCUCCUAAACAAAUUGUUAAUGAAGUCAAGAGAGUGCCGGUUGUUACAUUUAGUACUGUUGAAAGAUCAGAGAGGAAAGAUGUGGAUAUGGAUAAGCCUGUUUUUCCUGAAUAUGAUGGGGUUUCAAAUGAAAAGAAGAAGAAGAAAAGAAGAGUUUGUUAUCAUUGUGGUAAGAGAAAAUGGGAAACGAAGGAAUCUUGCCUGGUUUGUGAUGCUAAGUAUUGCAGCAAUUGUGUGCUUAGGGCAAUGGGCUCAAUGCCUGAAGGACGGAAAUGUGUGACAUGCAUUAGCCAGCCAAUUGAUGAAUCAAAGCGGUUAAGACUAGGUAAGCAUUCUAGACUCUUGUCCCGACUACUCUGUCCUUUGGAAGUAAAGCAGAUUAUGAAAGCAGAGAAAGAAUGUUUUGCAAAUCAGCUCCGAUCAGAGCAGCUAAUUGUAAACGGAUAUCCACUGAAGCCUGACGAGAUGGCAGAAUUACUUGGAUGCCCUUUACCUCCAAGGAAAUUGAAGCCUGGUAGAUAUUGGUAUGACAAGGAAUCUGGUCUCUGGGGAAAGGAUGGAGAAAAACCAGAUCAGAUUAUUAGUUCAAACUUAAAUUUUACAGGGAAGCUGAAUCCUGAUGCAAGCAAUGGCAAUACUGAAGUCUAUAUCAAUGGUCGGGAAAUUACGAAACUUGAAUUGAGGGUGCUUAAGUUGGCAAAUGUGCAGUGUCCGCAUGACACUCAUUUUUGGGUCUAUGAUGAUGGUCGUUAUGAGGAAGAAGGUCAAAAUAACAUUAGAGGGAACAUCUGGGAGAAGGCAUCAACUCGUUUUUUCUGUGCCUUGUUCUCUUUGCCUGUGCCCCAUGGCCAACCUCAAGGAGCAAGGGAGGAGGUUAGCAAUUAUAAUACUGUUCCAAAUUAUCUAGAGCAAAAAAGAAUUCAGAGGCUUCUUCUACUUGGGCUUCAAGGCUCUGGAACAAGCACCAUCUUCAAGCAGGCAAAAUUUUUGUACGGGAAUGGGUUUUCUGCAGAAGAACUGCAGGAUCUCAAGUUGAUGAUACAGAGCAAUAUGUACAGAUAUCUUAGCAUAUUACUGGAUGGUCAGGAGCGGUUUGAGGAGGAAGCAAUGUCUCGCAUACGAGAACUAGGUUCCGAUGAUCACAACUGUGAAGCAGGUGGAGAGGUUGACCCUGGUGAAACUGACCAGUGUGUCUAUUCUAUCAACCCAAGGCUAAAGCAUUUUUCUGACUGGCUGCUGGACAUUAUAGCCACUGGAGAUUUGGAUGCAUUUUUUCCUGCUGCAACACGUGAGUAUGCUCCAUUAGUUGAGGAGUUGUGGAAAGAUCCUGCUAUACAGCACACAUACAGAAGAAAAGAUGAGCUUCAUUUUCUUCCAGAUGUUGCAGAGUACUUUUUAAGCAGGGCUGUUGAGGUGUCAAGCAAUGAAUAUGAACCUUCUGACCGUGACAUUCUUUAUGCUGAAGGGGUUACCCAAGGGAAUGGUUUAGCAUUCAUAGAGUUUUCGCUUGAUGAUCAUAGUCCAAUGCCUGAAACCUACACAGACAAUUUGGAAGCUCCCUCCCAGGCUCUGAUCAAGUAUCAACUUAUAAGGGUAAAUGCAAAGGGGAUGAAUGAGGGAUGCAAGUGGGUGGAAAUGUUUGAAGAUGUGCGUGUGGUAAUAUUCUGUGUGGCCCUUAGUGAUUAUGAUCAGAUGUCGAUAGCACCAGAGAGUAGUGGCAGUGGAGCACUGCUUCAAAAUAAGUUGAUACAGACCAAGGAGCUAUUUGAAACAAUGCUAAGGCAUCCUUGCUUUAAGGAUACCCCUUUUGUGUUGAUACUAAACAAGUAUGAUCUCUUUGAGGACAAAGUCAAUCGGGUGCCUUUAAGCACUUGUGAGUGGUUCAAUGAUUUCAGUCCAGUGAGUACUCUCCAUAACCGUCAGUCACUGGCUCAGCAGGCUUACUUUUACGUUGCAAUGAAGUUCAAGGAUCUAUAUGCUUCCCUUACCGGACAGAAACUUUUUGUUUGGCAAGCUAGGGCAAGAGACCACCGGAAGACCAUUGAUGAAGCAUUCAAGUAUAUAAGGGAGGUUCUCAAGUGGGAAGAGGAGAAAGAUGACAACUACUAUGGAGGAGAAGAUUCAUUUUACAGCACGGACGUUAUCUCCUCACCAUUUGUGAGGCUAGAAUGACCUGCUUUCGGAAUUUACUUGUAUUCUUCCAAUACAAAGAAAGUCCUAGGAGCCACGUGCAUGCCUCAGUGCUCAAUCAAAUAAGGAUAGCUGUUGUAAAUUUUUUUGUUGUCCAAAAUAUCAAUUUAAUGAUAUCGGUCAAGUUGUUUCAGAUUGAUUUUGUCUUGCACGAUUCAGGUGAGAUUUUGAAGGUUGUCUCUGCACUUUUCCCAAAUGCAACAUGAUAUGAACCAGAAGCAAAUAGCAGAUUCCUUUUAUUCAAGGAAUGUCUUGUAUUUACAAUCCAAAGCAUCUUUUUUAUGUUUUUAGUGGGAUGGACACAGCAAAUGUUACGAGCAGAUGAAAACAGCGUUCAAGGCCAUUAUUCCUCGGAGGAGCUGAUGAUUAACACGGGGAACAACUUGAGUUCGAGCGCCUCAUAGUUUCCCUUUGUUUUCUAAAAUUGAGAAGACUGAGAGAGAGAUAAUAGGAAUGUAUAUAGAUUUAAACCAGCUGAAGAAAGGCUAUGGAAAUGGUAAUAUAUAGUAUUCCUUGCAUUCUAGGCAUAUGCACAAUUGCUCUUAUUUGGAGCGCAAAAAAAAAAGAAAACUGCGUCGCAUAUUUCUCUUGGGAUGCAAAGAUGAUAAUCUGUAAAAACUAGACCUAGUGUUAAUCCCAGUAUACAAAUCAUACAGUUUGACCGUCCUAGGCAGGCAAUCAUUUAAUACGAAUCAUCUCAGAGGUAAAUUAAAAAAAGAUCAUAGUAAUUCAAGAACCAACUAG